UAACAAAGGCCAAGAAAAUGCGCUAAAAAUAGUAACAGCUAAGCUAAAUCUGGUGUUACAUCGUCUACCGUGAUGUAUUUAUGUGUAGCGAUUUGCUAAAAAUAGCAACAGGCGGUCUAAAAUAACCGAUCGAUUGCACAUUUCCAGAACCAGUGAUUAAGAUAGUGUGUAUUUUCCUUCUCAUCAUUGUCCCUGAUCGUGGAGAUGUUGGAUUCACUAGAGAAAGGAUUUUAGAAUUAUACAUAUCAGGGAUAUGCUAGUUCAUUGAAUUGGAAGGUUGACAUAGAUGUUUGGAUUAUUGUCAAUAUUGGCUAACGUUACUUCCUGGAACCAGCUGACGGGGUAUUAAUAAUUACUUAUACUCGGUAGGGGACAUUACUCUGUAUGGGACGCAUAAUAUAUUAUUGAAUUAAAUUAGUUGAAUUAUGCUGCAUUGUUCAUCAGUGUCUGAACUAGACUGCAGGAAAUCAUUAGGAAAUAUUUAUUAAGAAGCUUCGCAGUGGAGGAGAAAUACAUGCGCUUAAUCAUAGUUGAUGCUGAUCAUGAGAAGUUUACACGCUGAUUAUAUAAAUUGUAUGUAUCAAGAAGGAAUAGAUUGUGGAAUUAAAUAAAAUGAAGAUGGAAAAUAUAAGUAAUUGUACUUUGACAACGAUAAAUGAACAUGGAGAAACGAUUUGUUAUGAGAGUGAGACUGAAACUUUGAACAUGGUAAAAACAGCAAUCGUUGCAUUAUUUCUUAUUUUCAUAUUCCUGGCAAGUGUUAUCGGGAACAUUUUAGUAUUUUUGGUGUUUUGUAAGAAACCCGCAUUGUUGACAAUUUCAAACCGAUUUAUUUUGAAUUUAACAAUCUGUAAUUCACUAAAUACCAUUGUAAUCAUGCCUUUCAUGUUUGUGACUAUGAUUGCAGAAGUUUGGAUGUUUGGAUAUAUUUGGUGCAAAGCUACAGGAUUUAUUAUGAACACUAUAUUUGCAGCAAGUACUUUAACAUUAGUGGCAAUUUCAAUCGAUCGGUAUUGCGCUGUAGCAACGCCUUUACAUUAUACUAUGAAAAUAACUAGAAAACGAGCUUUGCUAAUGACGAUUUCUGUUUGGAUAGUUGCUGUCGUUUUGUCAUCUCCACCACUGUUCGGAUGGAACGAAUAUGUUUUUCAAUCAGACAAAGCAUCGUGCACUGUGCUAUGGGCAACGCCUUCGAAAUGGGACAAAUUUUACACUUUGUUUCUUGUUUCUGUGUCGUUUGCAUUACCAUUAAUAGUUAUCUUAUGGGGUUAUAUUAUAAUAUUUAGAGCUGCAAGAAACAAUAGCGAAAGAACAAGACGCAACAGUGUUAUACCAUCCAAUCUGAUUGAAGAUUUGUCGCAGGUGCCCUUGAAAGACGACCGCAGACGUUAUUGUGGCAUGUCAAGGUCAUGUAAUAUGCCUAUUUUGCUUCGACGUCGUAGUUCUAGUUCCAGAACACUUCCGUUGUUAUGGAAACGUGACGAAUGGAAAACUGCAUUGACCAGUUUUCUUGUUGUUUUUACUUUUGUUAUAUGUUGGUUGCCAUAUUUUAUCAUUAUCAUACUUGAAUCAGUGCUAAAUAAUCCAAAAAACAUUCCAGCGGAAAUCGAAACUGUGUCUAUUUUACUAGCCAUGUCUAGUUGUGCAAUAAAUCCACUUGUGUAUGUGUUCAGGAACAAAUCAGCAAGACAAGAACUCAAGUUUGCUUUAAAACUACAACGCCGACAAGAAUUUAACGAGUCUAGGCGAGGGAGCACGUGUACCAUGUUAAGAGAUGGUAUCAUCAGACAAGGCAGUACGGAAUCGGAUAUAAUUCUUGAGAAACCAUUACAUUUGUCUGCUACAAACACAACUCUGACUUCUCUUAUAAGCGAGAAGGAGCAAACGCAAAAUCGCAUGUAAUUGUAUAAGAUACUAAUUUAUUUAUGAAAUUCUAGUCAAUCGCAUUUAUUUUACUAAUAGUCCCUUGUCCUUACUUUAUUUUUCAUUUGACGUUAAACAAGCACAUGCAAAUCAAUUUAUCAACCUUUAUUAUUAAUUAUUUCAAUGGCCACUAGCAUUAUUUUGUCAAAGUCCGUUUCACAGUCAAAUUCUCUGCCGUAUAUACUCUAGACUGUAAUGAAAAUUCUGUAUUAAGAACGCAAUUAUAAAUCAAAAUAAGUAAUCCUGAUGCAAACCUAUGUGUGCCUUUCCCAGUGUUGUGAUUGUUCAUCAUUUUCAUCACGAAUGCAUAUUGUUUUUGUCACAAAGUCCUCUCGAACAGGAAGAAAUGUGCCCACAUAAUUUUGUUUCCUUUUACGAGGGAUUUGUUUAGCAACGUUGUACAUGUUAACAUACUUUUCAUAUUUUGAAAUGGCACAGUUGUUUGAAUUAUUAUAAAGUUAAUGGUUGUAGAAAUACAAUAUUACAAAUUAUCCUAAUGCAAAAUGAAAGGACAUUUUCAGUCUAGGGCUGUAUAAUUUGAUAAGCGUAAUAACGCUUUGAAUCUGCAAAGCCACAUUGAAAAAAUCACAUGAUAAUGUAUUAAACCAGUAUUUGUCACUGUUUGUUUUUAAUGAUUAUGUGGCUUCAACGCAUUUACACAUUUAAGCAUGGCUUUUAUGAUUUUUUAAGUGUGGCUUCGACGAUUUCUUAAAUCAUGUUUAUUGAUAUCUUUUAAGACGUCUUAUAAAUAUUGCGGUAUUGAUAAAAAAAACAAAUUGAAUGCUGAGCAAUUUUUAUUAGUGUUUGGCUUAUCCGUUAAAAAAACUAAAAUACUAUAUCACCUAGUUUAUACGUAAAUACGAAACCCACGCCCGCUCAUGCGAAAAUUGUCAAGUAAAAGAUUCACAGUAAUUUUGAUAUAACAUGUACAAAGAUGUAAUUCCAGGAAGAAAAGCCAACAUUAUUCCAUUUUUAAUAUCAAAGGUGUUUUUUGUGUAUUUGUUUAAUAUCAAUUAUGUAAAACAAUCAAAUUGUUGACCAAUGUAUUAUCUACAUAUCUAACAUGAUCUAAUUUGAUAUUCAAUUAUUAUUUUUAUACUUUUUUACAUCAUCUAUUUUACAAGCGAUUGUUCGUCCAUCAUUGAAUCAUUGAUUUUUGUUAACUUUCUAUAGCAUAUAAAUUUGUAAACACGAUUUAUUCAAACGGUACUGUAAUAAUUUAACUCUGUGACGCCCAAUAUCUUAUUUUGACAUUGAACAUUUUAUAGAGACAGCAGUCCAUCAACAUUCUGUUUUAAAAUUAGACACAAAAAGAUGAACGACUAAAAAGUUAACUUUGCACAUGAUACAGCACGAUCCUCGACAAAUUGUUACUGAAUUAUAGGAUAAGCAGACAGAAAAUGUGAGAACAUGCACUAGUUUAAGAUAUAUUUGUAGAUUUUCAAAGACAAUCACUGACUGUCCCUUAAUUAGUUGGAAAUUAUUUUAUUUUUAACACAUUAAGAUAUUGAAAAACCGUUUGACAUACACUAUUUGUUAUGCUGUUUGUUAAUCAUACCAAAGGAUUUUUUUUGUGAAAUAUUGAACGAAACGACAAAAAAUAUUGCUAUAGAAAGUUUAACGUGCAGGUCUUAAAAAUGGCUUUAAAGUAAAACAAAACACCAAAAAACAACACCAAACAACCCACAAUAUUUAACAGUUUAGUAUAAUUCAUUAAAUUCGGAAAGACUGUAUUAAGCUCAUCAUUUAAAUGUCAUCCUUUAAUAUUUUUAUAACGAUCUGUUUAAAAUUCAAAUCAGCUUGUUUUAUAAAUAAUUCGCCGUUUCAGAAAGUAAACCCUUUCAUGGGUAUAAUUUCAUUACUUUGUAGUACCCUUAGAUGUAAAGGAGUUUCUUCCAUUGGAAGAAUUACUUUUCUUUUGCUUUCGGGUGUUUUUAACCAAUCACAACGGUUUGGUAAUGCUUUUUAAAAAUAUUUCCCAGAAUGCAUCACAUUCUUAACAGGCAAUUUCAAGGAGCUGGACGAUAUAGACACUUGCUGUUCAAUAAGAAAUUAAUUAAUAAACAAGUUUUCAGUGUAAAUAGAAGCCAUUUUUAAGAUUUGUUUGUUCAUUAUCAUAGAAUCACUCAUUAUUGUUUUAGAGGGUAUUAUUACAGAAAGAGUAAUUUUACUGUAUUUUGAAAAGAAAGAAUUCAUUGACUCAUUCUCAUGUUGGAUCUCAGAGUGUUUUAUAAUCAAAUAUAAUGGUUGAUCGUAAAUGUAAUUUGUAUUGAAUUUUGUAAAAUUGAAUCCGUUUAGUGUAAACGAUUUGGAAACGCAAUACGUUUUUUUGCUUUUACAACUGUUCGAAGACUUCAAAACUUUGAAUUUGAGAAUAAUUGAUUUUUUUUAGUGGCUGAUUUAAAGCAUUAUCAGCAUUUUUUAAAAUGUACUUUUAGAAUGAAACAUAUUAUGAGUGUGGCUUUAGCCUAGUUAAAUAUACAUUUAAAACUCCUAGACUAUAAUUAUCAAACGGGAUUUAUUUUGCUACCAGACUCUGUGGUAUUGAUAUUAUCACUUGAUACGCAGUUAGAGGCUAAAUAAACAGUCUUGAUAUACGACUGUUUCCGGUAUUCUUGGAAGACAGUAAUCAUAAUUUGAUAUGUAUUAAUUAGGUUACGAUGAUAUAAGAAUAAUUACACGCAAUUAAUAAUUUUAUCAGAUCACAUCGGACAUUUCCAUAUUGUACACACACGGCAUGUCUGAAAGAAAAAUGAAGUAACCUUACGUUUAUGUGCUAAUUGAGAUUGAUAGAAACUGGAGAAGGUAAAUGUUUAAAGAGUGCUGUUAGUUAUUCAGGAUACGCACCGAAAUAUUUUUUCGGAGAUAAAGCUUUAACAUUUUUUUAUGUGAUUUAAUCUGAAUUGAUCACAAUUUAAAUGAAUUUUGAUGUUAAUUUCACAUUUCUAUUUUAAUAAGUC